GCUUUGUCUCAGAGAUCUGUUUACAGUCUUAAAUGUCAACCUGGUUCCUCCUCACGAGUAGAAGUUCACUCAUAAGCGCGCGCACACACACACACACACACGUAGAGGAGCACGGCAGCUUCCAGCGCACCUAGCUCCAACAGCGCAACUACAUGAUGACGAGACGGCCAAGACACAGUGUUUACAGUAGCGAGGAGGAGGAUGAAGAGGUGGAGACAUACGACCAUGACUACGACGGCUCACUGGCCAAAGGACCCAAGCGACACCUGGGCAAAACACGCUGGACCCGGGAAGAGGAUGAGAAGCUAAAAAAAAUGGUGGAAAUCCAUACUACUGAAGAUUGGAAAGUGAUCGCCAGUUUUCUUCCUAACCGCACUGAUGUUCAGUGUCAGCAUCGCUGGCAGAAGGUUCUAAACCCAGAACUGAUCAAAGGGCCCUGGACCAAAGAAGAGGACCAGAGGGUGAUUGAGCUGGUUCAGAAGUACGGUCCCAAGCGCUGGUCGGUGAUAGCCAAGCACCUGAAGGGGCGCAUUGGCAAGCAGUGUAGGGAACGCUGGCACAACCACCUGAACCCUGAGGUCAAGAAGACCUCCUGGACCGAGGAGGAGGACCGCAUAAUCUACCAGGCCCACGAGAAACUGGGCAACCGGUGGGCCGAGAUUGCCAAACUGCUGCCGGGCAGGACUGAUAAUGCCAUUAAAAACCACUGGAACUCUACCAUGAGGCGUAAGGUGGAGCAGGAGGGCUACUUACAGCUCGGCCAUAAAAUCAGUUCUGAUUCUCUCUCAUCCGGCUACCCCAAACCAGCACACCUCAUGGCCUUCACACACUCUCACACACACACACACUCUCACACACACACACACUCUCCAGGCAACACACACCUCACAGCAUCCUCGCCCAUCAGUCCAGACUACCCUUACUACAUCACCGAAUCACGGGUUCCAUUGCCGUUGCCGUUGCUGAGCAUUCUGAACCUUCCCCAGCAUGGCACAGCUGCUAUCCAGAGACACUAUAAUGAAGAGGACCCAGAAAAGGAGAAGAGAGUGAAGGAGAUUGAGAUGCUUCUCAUGUCAACAGAGAAUGAAUUAAAAGGUCAACAAGCCCUACCAAUGCCCAGUUUUGGGUGGAGUCGCAGCUUGAGUGACGGCUCCCUGGGCGUGUUCGUUCCGGGCCCGUCCCCCGACCAUGGCUGUCUCCCUGAGGAGAGUGCGUCUAGUGCUGCUGCCCAUGGCAACAACAACCUGCCAGGGUUCAUCGAGGAGUUCGACUCAUUUUUUACUGCGUCUGCAAGCAAAGACAGUUCUGACAGUGACAUGACACCCUCGUCCCUCCGUUCCCAGAAGCCUUUGCUGGCCACGCCUCUUCACCGUGAACACUCCCUCUCCGGCCAAAAAGAGAACAACAUGUUCAGGACUCCUAACCUCAGCCGCUCCAUCAUGGAGACAUCUCCUCGAACUCCCACCCCUUUCAAAACAGCAGUGGCCCUCCACGACGUCAAAUACAGACCACUGAAGAUGAGUCACAGCCCCCCGCUUGAGGAGGAGAGGCUGGAACGCAUCAAGCAGGAGCCCAUGGAGAGCGAUGUCACUCCUGGGGGGACACAGCACGACCUGCCCCCCCUCAAGAAGAUCAAACAGGAGAUGGAGUCUAUGUGUGAAAGGAAUCUGUGUCUUCAGUGGGAGGGGCCAGAAUUGAAAACCGAGCUCUUCUCCCCCAGUGGCUCCACCCACAACACACCUGACUUGUUGACCAGCUCUGUGCUGUUGCUGCCUGGUUCUGGGAAGACUGAGGACGGACACAAGGCCUUUCACCUGCCCUGCAAAAACAUGGGCAACCCACUGCAGUUGAGCUUGUGGGAACAGGUUGGGAAGGUGGAGGACCAACUCCUGUCCUCUGAACACACACACAUACACCUGAACUCCUUCAACACACGCACACUGGUGAUGUAGACAGAGGAAUGGAAGGAUAGGUCGAGGACAAGAGAGAGAGAGGAAGAGGUGGGUUGAAGGAAAGAACAACAAACAUCCUUUGACCAACAAAGCCAGUGAACUUGAGAAACACUCCGAUGUGAAAGAGUUAAUAAGACUUUAUUCAUUUCAGUACAAAUUUGGGAGAGGCCUACGUGUAUUGGCUAAUUUCUGUAUACACUUGUUGGAUUUUUCACAACCAACCAAAGACGUUUGUGAUUUUGUUUGUGCGUUUGUUCAUUUUUUUCAGUUAUUGUUCAGUUUGUUUGUUAUUUUGUUUGUUUGUUUUUUAUUAUUAUUGCAUUUUGUAUUAUAUUUGGGGACAAAGACUUCUCAUGGCGAGCUCUACCACUGUGUGAAUAUUAAUAUAAGAUCAAUCAUAGUAAUUUAUUCUUUUGUAAAGACAAAAAAUGGGAAAAAUAGGGGAGAGAGAGAGAGAGAGAACUGGGGAGAGUCUCGUAAGCAGCAUUUGACUCCAGUAUUCUGCUACGGGCUCACCAGUCAGUCACUUCUACACGUACAGGUGUAUGUGCGAGUCCACGCAUUUCUCCUGAUUGUGAGAAUUCACACAUAUGUGUGUGUGUGGAGUAUGUGUCCUUUAAGCAUUAUCAUGAUUUUUUCCUUUUAAUUCCCCAAAAAAUCUGGUAAUUUUGAAACCCUCUGUAGUUUGCUAUGUGAGCGUUGAACCUAUGUAUUUCAAAAUCCACCUUCCAGGUGUUUUACUGUGAGGUAUACCCUGUCGUAGCUGUUCUCAUUUCAGCUGUUCGUCUGACCGAUCGGGGGUUUACUACACGCCGAGUCGUCCCACUUCCAGAUGGUGUCUUGGUGCUCAUGUAAGGUUUAUAUGAACUCUGUUGUGAGGGGUGAAGACGGGUGUCAUGGCUGCCUUAUGAAGGCAUCCCACUGGGUCCCUACUGGGAUCCAGCUGAUCUUCCAUGUUGUGAGUUUGUCUAUUAGUGACUUAGGCAUCUCACUAUUUCAUUUAAAAGCCAUAGAUAACAUUCACACAGAGAGACUUCUUUGUUUUUACUUGUUUCUUGUCUAUUUAAAAAAAAAAUCUAAACAACAGAUUUUAAGUGUCACUCAGCCGCACCCCCCCGACCCCCACCCCCCAUCUCCUGAUAUUGACAAUCAAAGUGUUGAAUUAAGUCUGUUUUGAGUUUAACACAGUAGCACUCAAGCCUUAACAUUACCAGUGCUGGUUCGCCCAGUGGGAUGUAGCCAAUCCAGUAAAAGUGUUAAUAUUUCCAAAAGUAAAUGGUUGCAAAAAAAACAAAAAAAACAAGCUAGAUUGUGGUAUUAUUUGUUUGGGUUGCCCUGUGAAAGUUUGUUUCACUGAACAAAAGCAUGGGUGUGCUGUUUGCCAUGGUUACCAUGGUUGCCAGUGUCUGUGUUUGUGAAGCACAUUUCCAAGCAGCAAGAGAGCUUUAGUGACCAAACCACUGCACUUGAACUGAAAAGAAACAUUUCUGUACUUGUAAAACGACAAGUUUUGUGUUGCGUUUGUGACAGAGGUUUCACAACUCCUCGUUUUUUUGUUAUUAUUUAAAAAAGAACACUUUUUUUAACAAAAAUGCCUGCUUUGUAUUAGUGGCCUUUUUUUACUAAAUGAAUCCAUCAGCAUUUGAAACAUGUUAUACUACUGCUGUAAACCACCAUAAACACUUUUUUUUUUUUUUUAAGAGACAUUUGUGUUUAUCCGCUGCCUUUUUUAUCAACUCCAGUCCAGCUAGUGUUUUUAUACAAGCCUUAAAACCAAGUUUUCUUACAAAUCUUUUUUACGAGUAAUUUCUUUUGUAAACUGCCUUGUAAAUAAAGUGUGUGUGUAUUUUCAAA